AUUUCCUUUAAACUUUCAUGUCAAACUAUGAGUGCAAUGUCAUGCAAAGAAUAGUGGCUGAGUGUCAGACCUGUUUGGUGGGUUUUUUUAACUAUAAGAACACUGGCUUGACAGUAAAUCCCGUCAGACUGGAGUGAGGGAUCGGACAUUUCACAUUGAUAACCAUGGCCCGCUGGUCCCUGUGUGUGUUUCUGCUGCUGUUGUCCUGUGAUGUGGCCUUGAUGAAGAAAAAGAAAAAAGUCCAGACUCUCUCAAGAGGCUGGGGUGAUGACAUCACCUGGGUGCAGACAUAUGAGGAAGGGCUGACGAAAAUGAAGGAGAGUAACAAGCCACUGAUGGUAAUUCAUCACUCAGAGGAGUGCCAAUAUAGUCAAGCUCUCAAAAAGGCUUUCGUGGAGAACAAAUCCAUCCAGAAAAUGGCCAAAGAAGAUUUCAUCAUGCUCAAUUUAGUGCAUGAAACGACGGAUGCUAAUAUGGCUCCUGACGGCUAUUACGUUCCCAGAAUCCUUUUUGUUGAUCCCUCGAUGACCGUGCGCAACGACAUCACUAGCAAGUACACCAACCGCAAGUUUACUUAUGGACCUGAGGACAUGGAGUUCUUGGAGGAGAACAUGGUAAAAGCCAAGAAGUUACAUCACACAGAGCUGUAGUGAGAUCAGAGCUGAUCACACAGGAGAAUGGCAGAUGGAUGAAAAGAUCUGAGACUGAAGUGUUUGUUAUACUAACAGACAUUUCAUGUAUCACACGGAGAAUGAGACAAACACUUUGAGUGUAUGUUGAAAUUGGGAUUGAAUGUGUUCAUGCGUUUUAGCUCUCAGCUGUAUGCUAGAGAUGAUCUGAUUGAUAUGAGUUACUGAAUAUCCUGGCAAAUAAAAAUAACAAUACAGUUAUAAACAGUCUGCACUUACUGUGUCUCAUUCACCCACCAACAGUAGCAGAGCUGCUAUGCAAGGCGCUAACUUGCCAUCUAGAGCAACUUGGGGUUCAGAGUCUUGCGCAAGGACACUUCAGUAGGUGGAGUCACGUGGGCCGGGAAUCAAACCACCAACCCUACAAUUUGUAGGCAGCCCGCUCUACCACCUGAGCCACAGCUGCCCAAUAUACAGAUAGUGCAAUUACUCCGUCACUUAACUCAGGGCAUUUAGCACAUACAGGUGCAUCUCAAAAAAAUUUAAUAUCGUGAAAAAGUU